AUGCCAGCUGUUGGAAUUGAUCUUGGAACAACUUAUUCGUGUGUUGGAGUGUGGCAACAUGGCAACGUGGAGAUCAUCGCAAACGACCAAGGCAACAGGACUACACCAUCUUACGUAGCAUUCACCGACACGGAGCGACUCAUCGGCGAUGCGGCGAAGAACCAGGUGGCCCUCAACCCCAGCAACACAGUGUUUGACGCCAAGAGAUUAAUUGGCCGCAAAUUCGAUGACCCGAAGAUUCAACAAGACAUGAAACAUUGGCCAUUUAAAGUAGUCAGUGACUGCGGUAAGCCAAAAAUCGAGGUGGAGUUUAAAGGCGAGAGAAAGAGGUUCGCGCCGGAGGAGAUCAGCAGCAUGGUGCUAACGAAGAUGAAGGAGACGGACCAACGAAGAUUUGGUGGUGCAACGCCGCAGACGACGGAGGGCCAGCCACCGGCUGCAGGCCCGCCGGCAGGAGGAACAGGCCCGCUGGCAGGAGGAACAGGCCCGUCGUUUAGAAGAGCAACUCCAACGCGAUAA